UGGGCGCACUAUAAAUGCUGCUCAAUUGAUCUGUAGAGCAUCAGUACAACAGUUUCAUCUAACAUCCACGGAUACUCCGAGUCAAGUGAAACCAAACAAGGAUGAAAGUGUUCGCUCUUACUCUGCUCGGCCUUGUGGCUUUGGCCCAGGCACGCAUCGACUACAAGAUUCAGUGCACGCAGGAUGAGGUGGGCAUACGCUGGCCCAGCUAUCACAGCAACUCCGAGUACUAUGUCUGCCAGCAUGUCUACGGUGGCCAAUUGACGGUGCAUUGCCCACCUGGCGAGGUCUUCACCUUCGUCAUGCAGCAGUGCACGGUCCCAGCGCUUUAUGUGCCACCCCCAGUAAUGGAUCGUCUGCCCACCAGUGGCUCCAUUACCACACAUCUGGUCGAGGAGGUGCCUCCAAUGAUUUCCGAGCAUUUGCCCCAUCACCCCAACCACGAGCUAGUCGAUCCACUUGUUGAUCUUGCGCUGCCCGCCGAUCCCACACCACCAACACCAGCCGCUGCUCAGCCCACACCACCAGUUGUUGCUGUCGAGGCACCCAUACCUGGCAAGCGACCAGCUGUGCCCGCACCCCCAUCCAUGCCAAUGCCACCCAGGCCAGCUUCUGGCAAGAAGAGCCCCGUGCCCACACCCGGCAAGUCGGCCGCCAACAAACAGAGUGCCCCCGCUCCCAGCAAGGGCAAGAGCGCCAAGAAGCCAGCACCACCCAGCAAAGCCGCCAAGAAGCCUUCAGCUUAAGCAUUCAGCAGCGCAUUCCCAACUACAGUCUAUCAAAAUGAUAUUUAACAAGCGGAAUUUCAUUCAGAACUCUAAAUAACAACAGCAAAAUAAAUUUCUUAUUGCAAACGUA